GUUCCACAGAGACAGUGACAGGUCAAGUGAGAGCUGGACGGGCAAGGGUGACUCUAUGCCUCGCUGAGGAAAACAAAUAAACAUGGGCAAAGGAGAUCCUAAGAAGCUGAGAGGCAAAAUGUCAUCAUAUGCAUUCUUUGUGCAAACUUGCCCAGAGGAGCACAAGAAGCACCCAGAUGCUUCUGUUAACUUCUCGGAGUUUUCUAAGAAGUGCUCAGAGAGGUGGAAGACCAUGCCUGCCAAAGAGAAAGGAAAACUUGAAGACAUGGCAAAGGCAGACAAGGCCUGUUAUAAAAGAGAAAUGAAAACCUAUAGCCUUCCUAAAGGAGAAAGAAAAAAGAAGUUCAAGGAUCCCAAUGUGCCCAAGAGUACUCCUUCCGCCUUCUUUUUCUGUUCUGAGUAUCGCCCAAAAAUCAAAGGGGAACAUCCUGGCCUCUCCAUUGGUGAUGUUGCGAAGAAGCUGGAAGAAAUGUGGAAUAAUACUGCAGCAGGUGACAAGCAGCCUUAUGAGAAGAAGGUUGCCAAGCUGAAGGAAAAGUAUGAAAAGGACAUUGCUGCUUAUCGAGCUAAAGGAAACCCUGAUGCACCAAAAAAAGGGAAUUGUCAAGGCUGA